GAGCCGGCUGCAUCAUACAGGCAGAGAGAGAUUAAUAUCUGAUUGGGUUUAGUACGGGUUGUACAAUUAUUACUUUUAGUGCCUAUCGCAUAUGGAUAAUUUUGCGGUGGAUAUAUUAUAGUUAAUUUUAAAAUAUAAAAUAUUUUUUCGGCGAGGUACUACAUUUUCAUUGGAAAGGUUUUUCAAUUAAAUUAAAGAAACGACAUCCCGCGCGCGCCUUAGUGCUGAAGCGGGCUCGAGACUACGGAGCUGUUUCUGAAGAGAUCAGACUUCUGUAUUUGCCAUUUCUCACUGACUUGGAUGAAGAAUCUUUCAUCUCCAGCGUUUUCUGCAAAAUGGAUGUUUGUUCAAUCUUUCUAACUGCCCAGAGCCAAAGAAACUUUCUCGAAAAGACUAGUAUACGCAGAGGAUAGCAAUAACUCCCCACCCCACCCAACACCCAUAUAAUAUUACAUUGCUAUUCAAAACAAAUACAUAUCCUUAAAGUUUACAUAUUUAAUUUUUUAUAGAAAAAAUAUUUAUUGAAAAUCAAAGCAUUCAUACCUCUUAUUUUGUAAAAAAAAAAAAAAAUCUCAAUUUAUAAAUAUAUUUAUUUGUACAAGUUAAAUUAAACCCACUAAGAUUGUGAAAAUGGAAUCGACAGCUAUAGCAGGUUUUGUGUCCACUACUCUGGCAUCUCUGACUCAGAAGCCUCUGGAGGAUUAUCUCUGGUUGUUGAUAGUCGGCUUCAUCAUUGCAUUUGUCCUGGCGUUUUCUGUUGGUGCCAACGAUGUUGCAAACUCCUUUGGCACGGCUGUGGGCUCAGGUGUGGUGACCCUGCGACAGGCCUGCAUCCUGGCUACAGUGUUUGAAACGGUUGGCUCAGUGUUGCUGGGAGCGAAAGUGAGUGAGACAAUCCGCAACGGAAUCAUCGAUGUCCAGAUGUACAACACGUCCCAACAUGUAUUAAUGGCUGGAUCUGUCAGUGCCAUGUUCGGUUCUGCUGUAUGGCAGCUAUUUGCUUCGUUUUUGAAGCUACCCAUUUCUGGAACUCACUGCAUUGUGGGUGCGACGAUCGGCUUCUCCCUGGUGGCUAAGGGGCAGCAAGGGGUUAAGUGGUUGGAACUCCUCAAAAUCGUGGGUUCCUGGUUCAUCUCCCCUCUUCUAUCUGGCAUCAUGUCUGCUGUUCUGUUUUACUUUGUCCGCAAAUUCAUUCUACGCAAGAAGGACCCAGUACCCAAUGGGUUGCGUGCCCUACCUGUCUUCUAUGCCUGCACUAUUGGAAUAAACCUCUUCUCCAUCAUGUUUACUGGCGCACCUUUGCUGGGGUUCGAAUUCCCUGUGUGGGGUAUGAUCCUGAUAACUCUGGGUUGUGCAGUGAUCACGGCCCUCAUUGUCUGGUUUAUCGUCUGUCCCAGAUUGAAAAGAAAAAUUGAACGAGAGAUUAAGUCAAGUCCUUCUGAAAGCCCUUUGAUGGAGAAGAAGAAUAGCGACCUGCACUGCCCAAUGCUAAAAUCUGACCCUGAGACUAAAGAUCCACCUUCAAAUGGGAUUUCUGUUGAAACCAAGAGCCCUGUGAUGGAGGGCGUCUGCCCUCUCCUGCCUUCCAAGCCAGUGUCUGGGGAGCGGGCAGUCGCGUUCAACAUUGGGGAUUCGGAUGAUGGUGACGAGAUGGACAAGCUGCAGACGGGAGACGAGAAGGAUACCAGCGACGACGUCACCUGCAAUAAUGCAACAGAGAAUGCAGGACACGUACAAUUCAGGAAUGUGGUGAGCAGCCAUCUCCCUAGCAAUGGCUAUAGCCAGUACCACACUGUGCACAAGGACUCUGGGCUCUACAAGGACCUGCUUCACAAACUGCAUCUGGCCAAGAUGGGCGACUGCAUGGGGGAGUCCGGGGACAAGCCCAUGAGGCGCAACAACAGUUACACUUCCUACACCAUGGCCAUCUGCGGCAUGCCUCUGGACCACUUUAAGCCCCGUGAGAACGACUGGAAAAGUGGGGCGGCUGUUGAUGACACGGAGAAGGACAACAUGGGGGCUGACCAUGGGAAGAAGAGGGUGCGCAUGGACAGCUACACCAGCUACUGCAACGCUGUGGCGGAGUCAACCCUGGCGGAAGCGCUGGAGGAGAGCCAGGUGGCGGUGGAGAUAGGGAUGGGUGAGCGGAAGAGCAGCGAUGGAUCCCUGGAGGACUGCUGCGAGAAGGACAAGCCAGAGGUCUCCCAGCUCUUUCGGUUCCUGCAGAUCUUGACUGCUUGCUUUGGAUCCUUUGCUCAUGGCGGGAAUGAUGUCAGCAAUGCAAUUGGACCUCUGGUUGCUCUCUACUUAAUUUAUCAAUCUGGUCAAGUUGCCUCAAAUACUCCCACCCCUAUCUGGCUGCUCCUGUAUGGAGGAGUGGGCAUCUGUGCUGGUCUCUGGGUCUGGGGAAGGAGAGUGAUCCAGACCAUGGGAAAGGACCUCACCCCCAUCACUCCUUCCAGUGGCUUCAGUAUUGAGUUGGCAUCUGCUUUGACUGUGGUGCUUGCUUCAAACAUCGGACUUCCCAUCAGCACAACGCACUGCAAGGUUGGCUCGGUUGUGUCCAUUGGUUGGCUGCGCUCCAAGAAGGCUGUCGAUUGGCGCCUGUUCCGUAACAUCUUCCUGGCCUGGUUUGUCACUGUGCCAAUCUCGGGGCUCAUCAGUGCAGCCAUCAUGGCCCUCUUCAAAUAUGUCAUCCUGGAUCCCUGAGUGUGCUACCAGGGGGGUUCAUGCAAAGUUCACCUUAGAAAAGGGAGACCUUCAGUCUGACAGCAGAGCAGCUGGGGUGGACAGAGGAGGGACUGCUGUCUUUCAUGGAAGAUGAUUUCUGCUUCAGCUCUGUAUUCUUGCUAUAUUACUGUGCUUUAACUCCUUGGUGUAUUAAGACUACCAUAAACAUAUGUAUGCUGUACAUAAUUGCCAGUAAAUUUCCAACCCCUCCCAAAAAAAAGUUCCUUGGCAUUCUGUAAUUAUGUACAUAUUUUUAUUUUAUUAUUAUUUUUUUUUACACUUGCGUUUUAAACAUCAGAGUACAAACUAUGAUCAUGUUGGGUUUUUUUCUGUUUUUUUAGAGCUGGAAUUGUGUUCCGGGUAAUGCAGUUAACAUGUUAAUGUCUAUAGAGUAGGCAGUAUGUGUAGGUGCCAGUCUGUUAAACAGUAGUUUCAGAAGUGGAUUGGGACAGGUCUAACAGUAUAUGCCUUAAAUGACACUGACUUUGUGGAGAGAUGCGUGUUUCUUUAUAAAAAAAAUUAAAAAAUGAAAGGCUGGUACCCAAUUGCAGUCCAGUGUGCAAAACCUUUGUCUAAUGAAAUAUUUGAGGAAUACUUUUUUUUGUGUGUAUCUGCUGCUUUGAAUCACACAAGUCCCACUAUAAGGAAUCGAACUGCAAAUUUAGUUUGCCAUUCUUAAUGUAUUGGAAUUUCUUAGCUGUUUUUAACUAAGUUGCUUCCGUUUAGAUAUAUAUUUGCCUACAACUGUUUUAAAAUCUGUUGUUCUUUAACUUCUAACUUACGUAUUAUGAAUUGUGUUUUUAUAUAGAUUUAAAAAGAAAGUGAACUGUGGUUCUAAUGCUGUAUAAACUGUAUUCCUGAAAACUUGACCGUACUGAACAAGAGGGAGUGACUUUUCAAAGGCAGUAUUCAUGUCUUGCACAUUGUAGGGGUACAGGUCUGGGAUUGUGAAAGAAUUCUACCAUCGGCCAAGUGGAAACCACCUGCCUUUGUGUCUUUUGGUAAUGUUGCGCCUCUCCUAAAAGUUUUUGUUCAGAUAAGCCUGCAUCUGGUGGUGUGUGUGGUGUUUAUAUAUAUAUAUAUAUAUAUAUAUAUAUAUAUAUAUAUAAUAUAUAUAUAUAUGUAAUAUAAUUUUUUUUUUUUUUUUUGUGGUUGCUUGGAUGCCUUGUGAAAUAGGUACCAAAGAGUAGAGACUGGAGUGUUGGAAACACAUGCAACACAUGCUGUUUUAGUCUUCCAGUGUGAAUGGAGGUUUAAAAAAUGUAAUUCAAUAAAAAAAAUCAUUUUUAAAACUA